AUGGCACCAACGCACAGAUCCCGCAAUUCCAGCGCCGAUAAUGGAGAUAGAGCAUGGUCUGAAGAAGAGGACAAGCUAUUGUUGCGUCUAGUGAAAGAAUAUGGGAGUGAAAGAGGUAGACGGAGCAGCUGGCCAUUGAUAGCGUCCUAUUUUGGUGGUAAGAGAACGAUGAAACAGUGCCGUAAGCGUUACUUCUAUACACUGGACUCAACUAUCACGCACGGAAAGUGGUCGAGGGAAGAAGAUAACAAGCUUCUAAGUUUGAUAGAUGUCUUUGGGCAUAAAUGGAAGGAGAUUAGUUUUGAGAUGACCGGGCGCACAGACGAUCAGUGCUCCUCAAGAUAUCUGAACUGUCUACAGUGCAAAAAAACGCCUUGGACGGCUGAGGAAGACGCUACACUUCUCAAUCUAUACGAAGUCGAUGGUCCAUUGUGGACAAAGAUCUCCAGCUCGUUGCCAGGUAGGUCAGCUCUGAAUUGCCGCAACAGGUAUCGUAAAUUUGGCGGUAAGGUGUACAAAGCGCGCAAACUAAGUGCAUCCGGGUCGAAAAAGGUGUGUUCACACGUAUUGAGGGCUCCUGGCUGA